AUGACAAGUUGAGCAGUUUUUUUCUGUUUGUUCGAAUUUACAUUUUGCGAGAGAAAAAGAAUACCAAUUGAAACAGAGCAAUUGGGUGACGUAAAUACUUUGAAUUGCUAAAUAAAUACCACAAAAAAUGGAAGUGAUGCUUUAAAUUGUAUAAGCUGGUCACUUCACCGAGCAUCAUCAUCAUCACACACUUAUUUGAACCGACUCUCGCAUUUGAUUUUAUUUUAGCGUAUUUGUGUGGCAAUUGGCGGGAAGACUCUCGGAAACAGUUUAGUGUAGCAGUCUAGAGUCAGUUGACUUUGCAAUGCCAACAGAUCCAAAAAUUGACAGAGAAAGUGGCGCACAAAACAAUAAUAUUGGUGCGAUUAAGCCUGAAAUUGAGCCGUUAUCAUGGAAAUUUUGGCAAAAAAGGCGAUAUAUCGUCGUAUUGAUGGCGUUUCUAGGAUUUUUCAAUGUAUAUUCAUUGCGAGUUAAUUUAAGUGUUGGUAUUGUUGCAAUGACAGAAUACCGAACCGUUUACUAUCCAAACGGAACAGUUGGAUAUGAGCAAGAGUUUGCAUGGGAUUCAAAAGAUCGUGGACUAAUUUUGAGUUCGUUUUUCUGGGGCUACAUUCUGACACAGUUCAUAGGCGGGCUACUGGGUUCUAAAAUUGGCGGAAAUCUCGUGUUUGGAAUUGGUAUCGCGGUGACAUCCAUUCUAACGUUGCUCACACCACUGGCGGCCAAAGCUGGUGUUGGCUCUUUGGUAGCUGUCCGAUUGAUUGAAGGCAUUUUUGAGGGCGUUACAUUUCCAUGCAUUCAUGCGGUUUGGUCACGAUGGGCACCGCCACUUGAACGAUCUCGAAUGGCAACUAUCGCUUUUGCUGGCAAUUACGCGGGAACAAUUGUUUCAAUGCCGGUUAGCGGAAUUCUGGCAAAUGAAUUCGGCUGGGAAAGUUGUUUCUACGUUUUCGGGGCUAUUGGUUGUGUUUGGUACGUGUUAUGGAUUAUAAUUGUUCGUGAAAGUCCGGAUAAGGAUAAAUACAUAUCAAAGGAUGAGUUGCGUUACAUUCAAGACAGUUUGGGAUCAAAUACAAAAGCAAGUAUCAAACAUCCGUGGAAGGAUAUAUUUACAUCGAAAGCGGUAUAUGCAAUCAGUGCCUCACAUUUUGCGGAAAAUUGGGGCUUUUACACAAUGUUAACACAAUUGCCAAGUUUUCUUAAAGAUACUCUGGGUUAUAAAUUGGAAAAGGCUGGUUUUCUGGCGGGCGCUCCAUAUUUGGCAAUGGGAAUUUUACUUGCUAUUGCUGGAUAUUUGGCAGAUAUUUGCCAAGUCAAGGGUUAUUUGACAACUACACAAGUGCGGCGAUAUUUCAAUUGUGGAGGAUUUUUGGCUCAAACGGUUUUCUUGAUGACAGCCGCAUAUUUGAUGAGUCCAACUGGAACGAUCGCUUGUAUUAUUAUAGCCAUUGGACUGGGGGCAUUUUCUUGGUGUGGUUUUGCUGUUAAUCAUCUGGAUAUAGCUCCGCAACAUGCUAGUGUUCUAAUGGGCAUUUCCAAUACGUUUGGCACCAUUCCUGGGAUCGUCUCUCCAACCUUAACCGGUUUCAUUGUUUUGAACUCAUCAGCGGAAGAAUGGCAAAUUGUUUUCAUGAUUUCAGCCGGUGUAUAUUUGUUUGGUUGUGUUAUUUAUUGGAUGUGGGCAACUGGCGAGGUACAACCAUGGGCUCAAAAAACAUCAUCUAGUGAAAGUAAACCAAAACCAGCCGAUACUGCAACAUAUGUUGGCUAUGCGAACGAAGGUCUCGAAAUGAGUGAAUAAAACAUUCAAUCGAAUUACAAAAUUAUGCAAAUUUUAGCCUAUAGGAUAUUUUAUAGUUUCGGUCAUAAGAAAAAGAAUAAAUAAAUUUUCCCGUUGUCAUAUGGUAGAAUUAUGAUGCUA